UGAUCACAGAAACCACCAAAAUGUAACUAUUAUGAGAGGAAAUGAUCAUAUAGCCCAUGAUAAAGCACAAAAAUAUAUUUUAAAAAAAACGACUUUAAAGUUUACCACUGGGUGGCGAGCACACACCUUUUCAUAACGGCUGAAGCUAAGUCAUGAACCAGAAAUCGAAAAUACAAAUACACAGAAUGCGGUGACGAAUCAUGGAGACGCGAGGUAGGCGGAGCUUAAUGCGUCAUGAUCAUGGUCGUGAGAAGUGAUUGGACCACACAGCGCCCCUCGCGAACUUCAUACAUUUACCACCAAGAACAGAUACCCUUCUAGCUAGUUUCUCUUUCACAAGCCCAGGCAGGAAAAGGGAACCGCAGAAGAAGACCUCGUCUCACAUUGUUUACAUCAGGAGGAGGUGACAGAACGGAGCCUGUCCUGUCAGUAUGGCUCAAACUUUCAGUCUAUGACUUACUAUGACAUUUAACAUCAACUGACGGGGAGCCAUGGGCGCAUUCGCUUGUCUUUCUGUCCUGUGCUCGUUGUGGCUUUGCCCGCUAGUUUCCAGCGAACAGGUAGCAUUUGUAGAGGUGUUUCUGGAAGAGCAUCAGGAUGUUUUUCAGGGUGAGGUGGUCAAGGGGACUCUGGAGAACGAUCCCAUGGAAAACCACAGCAAAAAGAAACAAGAGCUUAAAGGAGACCUCAUAUUAAUAAAAGAUGAAGCUCUUGAAAGCAACGAUGAAAGCAGUGAUGGGAAGGAUCAGAACCCGUGGAUCGGAGUGGUUCCUGUCCAGAUGGAGGAAGGCACAGUUUCCAGCAACAGCAACCAGGAGUCAUUUGCUGCCUCUGUGGUCAAUAAGAUGAAGCGUGCUCUUGUUUUUGGUGCGUCUGCGUUGAUCAUACUGGCUUUAAACCAGAAUACCGUCAGAGAGAUGGAUCUCUCCCAGGUCCUCUCAAAGCCAAUCAUUGUCAUUCAGACAUCAGAAAAUGUCACUAAGCUCAUUGGAGCACUCCUCAGGGGCCUUCAUGCAACAGCCACAAUCACUUAUAAGACUUUUCUACAGGAUAGCCUGGGGGCUACCUUGACCCUGUGGUCCAGCUGUGGCCGUUCAAGAGGAGGGUUGUACGGGGAAUGGCAGGGGGUCAUCUGCACUGGAGAGACCAACUCUCAGGUCCAGAAAUAUCUCCAGCAGCUUUGGAACACAGUCGUUCUGGUGGCCCUUGUCCUCUCCACAGGGGUCAUAGUUCAAGCACACUGGCAGUACCAGGACAACCAGUUUAAUGAUGAUUUAGAGUCAAACAUGAAGCAAGACAUUUUAAAGAGAUUAUCAGCAUUGAAGACGAGGACAUACCGGCAGCCCAAAGUGAGGUGUGACCAAACACAAACUCAGCCGGUGGAGACGGACAGUUGUGCAGUUUGUCUGGAGCAAUACAACAACAACCAGUGUUUGAGGGUGUUACCAUGCCUCCAUGAGUUCCACAGAGAUUGUGUGGAUCCCUGGCUACUCCUCCAGCAGACAUGCCCUCUCUGCAAGCGUAGCGUUUUUGGCAAUUUUUAUUGAACUGGACCAGGGUGGAUUCUGGACUAGGAAAUAGUGGAAUUGGAUUGACUCUUCUGAUUCAGGCUUUUCAUGGCAACUAAAUCCCUCCUCUGUACUGUAAGGUCAGGAUUCCUCCAUCAUGGUAAUGAUCUUUGACCUUUCCAAAGACUAUAUACCUUGAGUUCUUUCAAGAGACCCCAAAAGUCAGGACUAGUUCCUGAUCUCCCUGAAGUUCCUUGAAGGUAGGUUCUUGUACACGGGAUCAGUUCUUUUGCGCACAGUUGAAUACUCAAGUUACAUUUGUUGAACCGAUUCAGCAGUUUACAGAUACACAGAUUGUGAAGUCAUGUGCACAGCAAAAAAACAAAAGUAACGAUUCAGAUCUCUUCAAAUUGAGGAAUCAUAUGACAUGAUACCAGGGCUGGUCUUGUUCCACCCAUAAAAGAAGUGCAGUUCUUGCCUGAAUAUGGUCCUAACCUAGAAGUUGUGGUCUUGACAUCUUUUGAGACCAUAUAAGAUGUUUCUGUUAAUCAGAGACAUAAUGCAGGUCAGAGGCCCAUACAUUACAUGCAGAAAAAAACAGAUAUUGUGGCAUGUUAUUCAUUCAUUCCCAUGUUUGAAUUAAAUUGUGGCUGUAAUUUAACUAAACUAAAAUAUAAUUCUGUAUAACGUAGCUACGAUUUACAACAUUUCAAUAUUUACCUAAUAAUUACCUAAAACAAGGGGGACAAAAUUGUUGUGAGAAUGAAUACUUAAUACAUGGCCUUGAAAUCUUGUUUUUUUCCCCAAUGCAUGUCAAGUAUGGGGCUCCAUAAUGUAGUGCCAUUGUUUGGCUUUGAUGGCUAAACCCCCAGCUCCAGCACUAGCAACAAUUCAGUGGAAAUGGGGCAUGUUAAUCAAUUCUGUUACUUAACUACCCAGUAAAAUGAAAGAUGCAUGAAAGGAGGAUCUGUAUUCCAUACAAAGAGCUGCAAGGAUGCCCUGUGCCUGGAUGCACAGAGCAACUUUUACUAUUUUAGUGUCACUUAUAAAGAUGAUUUAUAAGGGACUAUUAAGUACAUUUACAUGCAUUCUACAAGUUCAAUUUUAGAGUUUCAAAUUGUCUUUUUAAAUGUUAUGUAAAUACUUUAGUCUGACUAAAAUGCCAGUCUGGUUUUUGCUAGACUAACAAACCUACCGUACAUUACCUUUCAAAAGGAUUUUUGUUGUGGUUGUUGUUGAAAGAAAUCAAUACUUUAAUUCAGCAAAGAUGCAUUAUAUUGAUCAAAAGUGUCAGUAAAACAUUUAUAAUGUUCCAAAAGAUGAUUCUUUGGUAAAACUUUCAAUUCAUCAGAGAAUCCUUCAAAAAAAAAAAAAAAAAUUGUUUUCUGAAAAAUACUGGUUUUAACAUUGAUUUCUGAAGGAUCAUGCGACACAGAAGACUAAAGUAAUUCUUGCCAUUAUUGAAAUAUAUAUGAAUACAUCUUUUACAUAAAAAUAUAAUUUAAAAAAA